CCCAAUUCCCGUCCAUUGACCAUCAACCGUUACCCAGUCCCCAAAAGAGGUCAAUGUAGUAAAUACCCAGUAAAUUCCAAUUCAGUUUCAUGUUCAUUCACAAGAUAAGAAGAAGAAGAAGAAGAGAUAUAGAGCCAAAGCUCUCUCAGAUAUAGAAGAGACUUCCCUAGCUAUCUCAUAUUAUAAGUUUUCCAUUCCUCUCCUCUUUCACAGUUCUGACCACUUGCCGGAGUUGUUAUUUGGACUUGUUGGCCGGAGUUAACUGACCCAACUGACCAGAAAAAGAUGCGCUUGCCUCCAAACCAAUGAGCAAAGAUAUGGGGGAAGAGAAGGGAGAUAAAGAAGCAGACAACCCAAACUUGUUGGAAGUGGACGCUGGAGAAUCAUCCUCUCUCCGGCGGACGAUACAGCUAAUAUCAUCAUUGAUAUCUUUCACUCUUUCCAUCAAAGUGUUUGCUGUUAAAUGGCAAACUAUCCGCAACAAGAUGGAGGAGCUGAAUUCUGGUCUAACCGCUGCAGAGAAUUGCAACUUGGGUGAAAAUUCAUCUAUCUUGGACUUGAUUCCAGCUAUUGAGUCAACUGUUAACGACUGUCAUGAUAUUGCUCGUCGGUGUGUCAACCUGUCCUACAGUGGGAAGCUGCUAAUGCAGAGCGACCUCGAUGUAUUGUAUGCAAAAUUUGAACUUCAUAUCAAGAAUCUUACAGCAAUCUACACAGCUGGGAUUCUUCAUGGUUAUGCAAUUGUUGUGUCUAAGCCGGGUGUUGGAGCUAGUCGCGAUGACAUGAAAUUCUAUGUCAGGGAUUUGUUGACGAGGCUGAAGAUCGGGGAUUCGGAGAUGAAACGCCAGGCCUUGAUGGCUUUGAAUGAGGUUGUCCAGGAGGACGAAAAAUAUGUGAGGAUUUUUGUUGAGACAGGUGAAAUAAUAAGUCUCUUGGUGCAUUUUCUUGAGUCUUCAGAGAUGGAGAUUCAGGAAGAAUCAACCAUGGCUAUCUCGGUGAUCUCAGGGUUUGACUCGUACAAGGGUGUUCUUGUUGGCGCCGGAGUCAUUGCACCUUUGGUUCGGGUUUUGGAAAGUGGAAAAGAUUUGGCGAAAGAAAGAGCAGCCAGGGCUCUGCAGAAACUGACAGAGAAUUCAGACAAUGCCUGGUCGGUUUCUGCUCACGGUGGAGUAACAGUUCUGUUAAAGUUCUGCACUACUGGUGAUGGCAGAGGAGGUGGGUCUUUUGUUCCGGCCUGUGGGGUUCUAAGGAACCUGGCCGGAGUGGAAGAGAUCAAAAGGUUCAUGGUUGAAGAAGGUGCAGUGACGGCAUUCAUCAAGCUUAUAAGAUCGAAAGACGAAGCCUCGCAGAUAAAUGCAAUCGAGUUCCUCCAGACUAUGGCUUCUGAAGAUGAACCCAUUCGGCAAAUGAUCAUUAGAGAUGGAGGUAUCCACUUGCUUGUCAGUAAUUUGGAUUCUAGAUCUUCCUCUUCCUCCAAGGCCCGAGAGACUGCACUUAAAGCAAUUGAGAGCCUCUGUUUCUCGUCUACAAGUUCUCUGAACCUCCUGAUUGCAUAUGGGUUUCUUGAUCGUCUCCUUUACUUUCUUCGCAACGGUGAGGUCUCAACUCAGGAAUUGGUAGUGAAGUUGGCAUUUCGUCUCUCUGGGACAUCAGAAGCAACUAAGAAGGCAAUGGGUGAUGCCGGUUUUAUGCCAGAGCUGGUGAGACUACUCGACGCGAAAUCUUUUGAAAUUCGAGAAAUGGCAGCCGAAGCACUAUCUACCCUGGUUUUAGUCUCGAGGAAUCGAAGGAGGUUCAUCCAAGGAGAUAGUGACAUAGCCCGGAUUCUUCAAUUGCUUGACCCAGAGGAGGUGAAAUCAGGUAACAAGAAGUUCUUGUUCUCUGCUUUAUUGUCAUUAACCAGUAGCAACAUUGGAAGAAGGAAGAUUCAGAAUUCUGGUUACCUGAAAAAUUUAGAAAAGCUUGCAGAAGAUGAAAUGCCGGAUGCCAAGAGAAUUAUUAGAAAGUUGUCCACAAACAGAUUUCGUAGUAUACUGAACGGAAUCUGGAACUUCUGAAUGUAAUUAUUUUACUGUAUAACAAUUGAAACUACAUGUGUUUCAUAGUCUCUUAAUUUGUUAUUUUACAUUUCAGCUUGUGACUUUUGAAUUUUGAUCUCCAAAUCUUCUCUUUGUCUGUGCAGAAACUCUAGAACAGCUUUUCUUUUCUUUUCUUUUUUAUAUGUAAUUUCUAGCCAUUAAAAUUGCAAGAAGACGUGGAAAUGUCAAAUAGGAUCUUUGGUUAGUUUAUUUAGUUGGAGAAGUGGGAAGAAAAGCUUUUGUUUCUUUAGUGAGGAAGCACAUGGUAAGGGUAUGAACCCAGACAGAAUGACAAUGAAGUUUUUGUCUC